ACUGGAUCACUACUACAAUAGAUUUUAGACCAAGAGGUUGCUAAACACCGGAGAAGAAAAAUUUAACAUGAGACCUGCCCAAUAUUUCUGCCAACUUUUCCUGGUGCUGUUUGCAGGGGUCGCUGCUUUCCCUGUAACGGAGCUAUUAGGAGGGGAGGUGGGCUUGCCUGUCGCAGCCCUGUCCUGUUCAACCUGUGUCCCUCUGGCAAUGGAAAUCCGGAAUACAUCGGCUGAGCUCCGGAACACUCAGCUGUGUGAGUUUUUCUCGCUCUGUGAGCAAGACUGGAGCUCGCUGCUCACUUACGGUUUCGACCUGCCACAAAUCCGAGCCCAGGACAAAUGCUUAAAGAUAAAUUUCCACAAGGAAACGUGUCUCAAAGCGAUCGCCUCUGGCCUUCAGAAGUACAAGCCCUACUUGUUAUUGGUGGAAACAUCAAUCCCCAGUUCGAAUGACCGAGCAACAUGGAUGAGAUCCAGCACUCAGCAACUGGCUGAAUUGAUCAUGAACCAGUUAAAGUCUGAGUUCGGCAUCACUAAUCUGCGUGAGGGUGAACGACAGGUUUUAACAUCAGAACAGGUGCCAAAAACAGACUGGAGCACACAGGUGACAGUGCAUGUCAUCCUUCGGGACUUCACUAAAUUUAUCGAGCUCACAGCCCGAGCCAUUCGCUUUAUGAGAACGCAAUCAAGUCUGUGAAGUUCUACAUUGGGUUUAGCCAAAACAAGAGCCUAAGUUUCUCAAGGCACGGAUAUGAUUUAUUUAUUUGGUUAUUUAUUGACUUAUCUACCUGCCUAGCAAAAGGGCUAACGAGUAGGUGUAGUGCAGAGAAAGAAUGGGGACAACAUUACAGGAUUGGUUGAUUUUCAGCACAUAGGAUGGAAACCUCUUUUCUCCAUUCCGCCGCAAAGUCCGCGGAACUCUUGAUUAAUUUAAAAAUUAAGUUAAAUUAUGCUGUAUUCCAUUAGUAUUGGUUGGUCGUGAAUCUAGGAGCUGGGGCAGCUCAUUUGUUUCGGAUUGUACCCGGAGGAGCACAGUUUGGGAACUCGGCUUUCUGCCAAAUCCAAUGUCAUUGCAUCCUCUGCAACUGUGGUUAAGUACGAAGCAGCAACUGCUUCAGCGUAUGAACGUUGUAGUUCAGCAUUUGAUCAAACAAUCUUUCAUUAGCAACUAAAAGGGUAUUCUGCAAAAGGAACUUGUAUUAAUGCACUGUACAGUACUGUGAAGUGAAGUCGAUACAAUUACUUGGAGAAUAUUGUUUACGUUGUUCAACGUUAUUUAUACAAUUUUAUAUUUGCUCCAUCUUUUAUACAAUUUAUAAACUGUGGUGUGUUUAUGUUAAUUUAUAAUGAAUAAUAUUGAACUGUGUGGAAUUACAGUAUUUAUGCAAUAUUUAUGUAUUUACAUACUAUUAAUUCUAAUACUCUCUUUAAAUGUCUCAGUUAUAGACCUCUGUACUGUUCACUGAUUGUUUUAAUUAAAAUUGAGAUAAAUAAAAAUCAA